AUGGCAUUUUUCAGCUCAACGGCUCACAUCCUCAUUGUGGGAAUGUUGAUAUGCGCGCUUGCCUACAGAUUCAUCACUCUGCAACGAGAACUGCGAGCUAACAACCGAACCGCCGUCGCAAAUGGAUGUCUGCCACUCAGACAAUGGAACUCGACCUGGCCGCUGGGCCUAGAUCUACUUGUUCAAGCAUUUCGCCAUGACCGUAAGCAGCAGAUUCUCAAAUUCUUUCUCGAUAUCGUUGCAGAGUCUGGCACAACGUUCGAACAAAAUCUUCUUUUCUCCCGAGGAGUCGACACUGUCGAACCUCAGAACAUACAGGCUCUUUUGUCGACCCAAUCUGCUGAUUUUGGACUCGGAUUGCGACCCCUAACUUUCCACCCCUUGUUGGGGAGUGGGAUAUUCACUCAAGAUGGCGCACAGUGGCGGCACUCGCGCGAGCUGCUACGCCCACAAUUCUUGAAGAACAGAAUCGCCAAUUUUGAGCAAAUCUGCAGUGCCGUAGACAACCUCAUCUCCAGCAUCCCCGAUGACAACGCCGUCGAUCUACAACCGCUCUUCUUUCGCCUCACUCUUGAGACUACCCUCUUUCUACUGUUUGGAAAACACCUACAGUCUCUCCAAUUAGAGGGUAUGACAAACCAGGAAUCGGACUUUGCGAACGCUUUCAAUCUUGGACAGGAGUACUUGGCCAAACGCGGACGAUUGGGUAACUUCUAUUGGCUUCUGGAUGGGGGGAAUUUUCGUAAGGCAUGUAAGACUUGCCAUGAAUUUGUGGACCGUGCUGUGCAGAAGGCCUUGAUCUCAACCACAAACAAGGCUCCGGGCAAUAAGACAGAGCCAUACAUCUUCAUUGAUGCCUUGAUCGAGGAAACGCGGAACCUGGAAGUGCUUCGGGAUCAGUGCCUAAACAUCCUGUUAGCUGGGAGGGACACUACGGCUUGUUGCCUCACUUGGACAAUACGUCUACUUGUCCAGCAUCCUCACGUCUUUUCAAAGUUGCGGGCCGAGAUCAGUGAUACAGUUGGGGUGGGACUCAGGUCGCCGACGCCUACUAUAACUCAGGUCAAAUCACUUCAGUAUCUCUCACUCGUCAUUAAAGAAGUCCUUCGCCUCUACCCCUCCGUCCCUGUAAACUCGCGCGCCGCCACCAAAACCACAACCCUCCCCACAGGGGGCGGAGCAACGGGCACCGCACCAAUCCUCGUCCGAAAAGGCGAGGCCGUAGGAUACUGUGUCUACGCGAUGCACCGCCGCAGGGAUAUCUACGGCGCCGACGCAGACGAAUUUCGACCCGAGCGGUGGGAGAACGAUGCGCUGAAGGAUGUAGGCUGGGGGUAUUUGCCGUUUAACGGUGGACCAAGAGUUUGCUUGGGACAGGAAUUUGCGUUGCUGGAGGUUGGAUACACCAUCGUGCGGUUGCUGCAGACUUUUGAAGCUAUCGAGCAGGCGGAGGGGUAUAGGAUGGGGAAGAGAGUCAGCGAGGAGAGGCAGGUUCUUACAUUGGUUCUUUCAUGCGGAGAAGGGUGUGUAGUCAAGAUGAGGAGGUAUGGGGAUGACGUUUAG